AUGACUGGACGUGGAAAAGGUGGCAAGGGCCUCGGAAAGGGAGGUGCCAAGCGUCAUCGCAAGAUUCUUCGAGACAAUAUCCAAGGUAUCACCAAGCCUGCCAUUCGACGUCUCGCUCGCCGUGGUGGUGUCAAGCGUAUCUCGGCCAUGAUCUACGAAGAGACCCGUGGUGUCCUCAAGUCCUUCCUCGAGUCUGUCAUUCGUGAUGCUGUCACCUACACCGAACACGCAAAGAGAAAGACUGUCACUUCCCUUGACGUCGUCUACGCUCUUAAGCGACAAGGAAGAACCCUCUAUGGUUUCGGUGGUUAG